UUAUAAAUACGUAAUACCAUUGAGUAUAAUUAUUCAUACUAAAUAUAUAGAUAUAUAGAUAUAUUCAAUGGUAAUACUGACCACUGACCAGUGAACUAUAAAUGCAGAAGAGUAAACAUUAUAGUUGUACCAUUCGCUAUCGUUGUUAACAAGUCCAAACGUUUCCUAUUUUGAUAGUUGAUAGGCAGGUGUAAUAGGUAUUAUAUUUCCUGAUCUUGGCAAUUGUCAUCUUGGUGUCGAUUAUAACAAGAUUUCAAUUUAUUUUAUAGUAAAAUAAUUUUUAAAAUGAUUUUAAGUAACGUCUUAAGAUACUCAAAGAACCUCGGCUCUAAGGUCAAUGGACAUAGGUUACAAAGCACAUUAAUAAUUGCCGAACACGACAAUGAGAAACUUGCAGCCGUAACACGUAAUGCCUUAACAGCUGCAAAGCAACUUGGUGGUGAAGUAUCUGUUCUUGUAGCUGGCACCAAAAUCGGAUCGGUGGUAGAAGAAGUUACCAAAGUAUCUGGUGUGACUAAAGUACUUAAAGCAGAAGGUGAAGAAUUCAAAGGAUUUCUGCCAGAAGUUCUAGCUCCACUAAUAUUAGCUACUCAAAAAAGAAUUAAUGCUACUCAUGUAUUAGCUGGAUCCAGUGCUCAGAGCAAAUCACUUUUACCCAGAGUGGCUGCAUUAUUAGAUGUAUCUCCAGUUACUGAUGUUAUUGACAUUAAAUCUCCUGAUACAUUUGUACGAACCAUUUAUGCAGGAAAUGCUAUAUUGACCUUGAAGUCACUAGAUGCUGUCAAAGUACUCACUGUACGUAGUACCAGUUUUGAAGCUGCUGCCGAUGGGGGCUCUGGUUCUGUUGAAGAUGCAGUACCUGCAGGUAGCUAUGAAAAAGGUUCAGGCUCAGAAUGGAUUAGCCAAGAACUGACUAAAAAUGAUCGACCCGAUUUGGCUUCUGCAAAAAUAGUUGUGUCUGGAGGACGUGGUGUCAAGUCUGCUGAAAAUUUUAAAAUGAUCUAUGAUCUUGCUGACAAAAUGGGAGCAGGUGUUGGAGCUUCUCGAGCAGCUGUAGAUGCCGGUUUUGUUCCAAAUGACAUGCAAAUUGGACAAACAGGAAAAAUUGUUGCUCCGGAAUUAUACUUGGCCAUUGGCAUUUCUGGUGCCAUUCAACAUUUAGCUGGUAUGAAAGAUUCUAAAACAAUUGCUGCCAUAAAUAAAGAUCCCGAUGCACCAAUUUUCCAAGUAUCAGAUUAUGGACUAGUUGCUGAUUUGUUCAAGGCUGUUCCCGAAAUGAUUGAAAAAAUAAAAUAAUAAGAAUUAAAUUUUAUAUUUAUCAUUUUUAUUGGAUAAUAAUGAUUACGUGAGAGAAUAUUUGUGGUUCUAUAUUUUUAUUAGUUUUAAGACCAUUCAUUGUUUUUUAAUAUAUACAUUUAUUUUUUUA